AUGGUGAAGCCGGAUGUGUCGAGGGAUUAUUAUGCAGACUUGGGGGUUGGACCCAAUGCAGACCAGGAAGAGGUCAAAAAGCAGUUUCGGAGACUUGGUGAGAAGGCUACUCUGCUAUCCCCUUAUCUGAAGAAGACUGACAUGUCCCUUUUUUUUAUUUGCGACUAUAUAGCUAUGAAAUAUCACCCUGACCGAAACCCUGGAAAGGAAAGCGAGUAUAAUUCGAAGUUUCAGGCAAUUCAGGCCGCACAUGAAGUAUUGGUUGAUCCCCAGCUGCGGCUGAAAUAUGAUACUGGUAGAUUGAGAGCUGGCUAUGGAAAGCUCUACGGGCCUCCAAGGACUGCUACUCCGUCCCGACAGGCUCCUCCACAGCCAACCCCAAACACGACUCGAAAGCCACAGGCUAGCUAUACGACUCAUCAAUAUGCUAAGCCAUCCAACGCAUACCCGGGGGCGUACCCCCCUCCCCCAUCCUCAAACGCCCAAAAGUACGCAAGUUACGCGAAAGCGGGUGCACAGAAGUUUGAUAAGGUAUAUGAAGAGUCUCGCGCCAGGGCAGAAGCCUUCCAAGGAUUCCAAGACAUGAAAAAUAAGCAGCCUCAACCUCAGAUGCCUGGAGGAUGGACGAACUUUGACCCACGAACAGGUCGCUCAUCUACACAUGAGAAACCACAAACUAAGCCCCGCCCAUCCCAUCAUCAAAGAGGUCAAUCGGCAUAUCAUGCCUUUGCAGAAGAAGCACGGAGAUCCGCGGAGACACCUACUCCUGAGAGGUCGAAAUCGACAAAGGCAAAGAAUGGCUUUGCACCAAGGACUGCUGGAGGGGACGAGCCAAUGGCGAAAUGCGCAACAUCAUACUACAACGUUAGGAGUGACAAACAUCAAGCUGCAGAUCCGAUGUCCUAUUUCUAUGAGCCAGCCCCGUCUCCAACUGCGAAGAAGCAGCAAGGAUAUGAUGACAUGCCAGACUCGGCUACGCCUAACCUUCAAAGAACAAGCAGCAAAUAUGCCACUGCUGGUGGAGAGAGAACUUACAUGUCAAAAGGGGGUAUUAACCGUUCUACUAGUGUCCGCGAAGAGACGUCACGAUCACGAACCAACCCGCCUAGCCCGAUUAUCCCUACCGCUAAUCCCGGAAGACACCACAGCGCCAGCCCAAAACUAAAGCCAAACAGACAAUCGACGUUCUCCGCUUCUUCCUCCUCUUCCACGUCGUCCAGUGACACCGACGAUACAGAUGAAGUGAUCCCAAACUUCCGUCCAAAGGCAGUCCCCCGAAGCAGACUCGCCCAGAAUAAGCCCACCUGGAAACCCAAUUUCCCCGAUAAUAAGACUUCAGGAACUGGUGAGAGUCCAUUCGGUUGGGCGAUGGGACCAGAUUCAUGGCUCUUCGCUGAAAUUGGCGGCUCCCCUAGCCAAAUGCCGUCCAGCUCUAAAAAGUGGUAUGGGAAUGCUGACAAUAACCCUCAAGGAUAUGGCCCGACUACUCCAAGGAAUAACCCAUUCGGCAACGACGCCCCCUUCCCCAGCGAGACUCGCCGAGAAUCCUCGAUAGGCCGCACGAUCCCCCCGAUGCCUAACGUGAGCUCUUUUAGAGCGACCUCAACGGAGGAACGUAGGCCAAGUGCCGCAACUAUGUAUGAACCUACCCCUACACCCAAGCCCUCAGCACGGAAUUGGUCAGAGAAAUGGGGAUUUUUCCAGAAAUCCGGCAGCACAGCUGUCCCCCACCUCCCAACAUUGUGGGCUUACCCUGCCAACAUACUUCCAAGCACAUACACCUCCCCAAGAAUAACCAAAGAAGGCGAUGAGGAAGAAGAACAUGCUGCAUUCAACACUGAUGAUGCAGGGAGAAUGCCUCGCAAAUCUUGCCCUGGCAAUCAAGAUCCGUCACCAUCCAACCCACUGAGAACAAGAGCUGACUAUUUUACCAACACAAACAGUUUCAACCAACCAAAUAAUGACAACCAGCCUCUCCCAAAUGAAGGCAUGCUCCAUGCUAAGUCUAAAAGCAAAAGCUAUGAAAGCUUUAACUCUGGAUUUUCGCCAAAUGAGUGGAACUUUGCGUUCUCUAAUACCGCACAGUACUUUGCCCCCCGUACAUCAGGAGAGACUGCAGGUGCAUCUCAGAAUAAAUACAGUAAUAGGCCGCGAUCUCACUCCCGCCCUACAACAUCUCAGUCAACUGAGUCACCACAGAAGUCUUCGAGUCCUUUCAGAGACUUUAAGGAGAAUAAGCCAACUCAGCCAUCGCCAUUUAAGAACACCACGUUCUCAACCGAAAAGCUGUCUGAUACUCUGAACGAUAGGACAUCGUGGUCUAUACCCACCACUGAUAAUUCUCAGCAAAAUGUGCUAUUUGGCCAGAACCAAAAGGUCUCUAAGAAACGGGCAGCAGGCCCAAAACCAGUCAGCAUAAGUUCGGAGGCAGAGGAAGAAGAUGCGACAUUUGCACCUAAUGAGGUUCAUGGAGACAAACCGGUCCCUAUGGGCCUAGUUGAUGAAAUGGAUGUUGAUGAAGAACUUCCCACCGUCAAUGCACAGAAUCCAAACCCACAAGGAAUGAACAAGCCAAAGUUUCCUGUGCAUCAAGCUUUUGCUACAUCUAAUAAGUCAGGGGGGAAGACUGAAUUGUUUAGCUUGAAAAAACUUGGGCUUGUCAACCCCUUCACGUCAAGUAACUCAAAGGGCAUCGACGACCUGAAGGACCUUAAUUCAUCGUUGCCCUUCAAAUCAGAAGCAAGCAGUGACAAGCCUUCCCAGCGCCCUAUUCACCCACGCGAUCUCUCAUUACCGAAGCCACCUAAACCUCCGACCCCUCCUACAAUUGUAGGACCUCCGCCAACGCCUCGAACAGCAAUGGAGAAAGCCUCUCUGCCCCAGGCGCCAUGGGAGGUAUACAUGUUGCAGAUGCAAGCUUACAUGCGUGAAUGGAAUUCCUUCAACCGUACCAUGCUAGCUCACUUUAACGAACGACAGAACCUGGUGGAGACGGCCUUGGCUCCCGGAUGGAUGAGGGCGAUGGGGGACAGCAGUCGUGUGAAACUUGGUGAUGCCGAUGAUGGAGGUAAUGUUGGGGAUAGCAAGGAGGAUCUUCUUAUCAACGGCAAGGGCAAGGCAGGCUACAGCGAGUACCUUCGUGGCAUCGAAGAGGAUUUCGUUGUUCGGCAGCAUUGGGAUGUUGCCUGGGAACGACAUCGGAGUUGUAUACUGGAUCUUGGGAGAGUCCGCGAGUGGCUACGCAGUGGACACGGCAAUGGGCAAGGCGGCUUCCAGCCAUCGGGGAUCAAGGGCCCGUUGAAUUAA